GGCUCGCUGAGUAGCUGUUGAAAUUCUCAGGUUACAUUUCCUCGUCGCUCUUUAUCAAGCUGAAUCCUCCUCGGUUCUCCUCUCUGUAGCUCCCCGACCCCGGACCCGAAGCAGCCGACAUGAAGCUCCAUUUGGCGACCCUCGCACUCUUUGCAUCGAUACUGGUCCCCCUCGACGCCACGGUGUACCUGAAGGAGCAGUUCCUGGAUGGAGACGGAUGGCAAAGCCGGUGGGCCGAGUCGAAGCACAAGUCUGACUACGGCCAGUGGAAACUGAGCGCCGGAAAGUUCUACGGGAACGCCGAGGCGGAUAAAGGUCUCCAGACCAGCCAGGACGCACGCUUCUACGCCCUGUCCACUAAGUUUGAGGCCUUCAGCAACGAGGGGAAGCCUCUGGUGGUCCAGUUCACCAUCAAGCACGAGCAGAAGAUCGACUGUGGAGGCGGGUACGUGAAGAUCUUCCCCGCCGACCUCGACCAGAGCGACAUGCACGGAGACUCGCAGUACUACAUCAUGUUUGGUCCUGACAUCUGUGGGUACAGCACCAAGAAGGUCCACGUCAUCUUCAACUACAAGGGUCAGAACCACCUCAUCAAGAAAGACAUCAAGUGCAAGGACGACGAGCUGACCCACAUGUACACCCUGAUCCUGAAUCCAGACCAGACGUACGAGGUGAGGAUCAACAAUGAGAAGGUGGAGUCCGGCUCCCUGGAGGAAGACUGGGACAUGCUGCCCCCCAAGAAGAUCCAGGACCCAGAUGCCAAGAAACCCAGCGACUGGGACGACAGUGCCACGAUCGACGACCCCAGUGACACCAAGCCCGAGGACUGGGAACAGCCAGAGACCAUCACUGACCCCGAUGCCAAGAAACCUGAGGACUGGGACGAGGACAUGGAUGGAGAGUGGGAACCUCCUAUGAUCUCUAACCCAGAGUAUAAGGGCGAGUGGAAACCCAAGCAGAUGGACAACCCGGACUACAAGGGCGCCUGGGUCCACCCCGAGAUCGACAACCCGGAGUACAGCGCUGACGCUGCCAUGUAUAAGUUUGAUAACAUCGGAGUGCUCGGCCUGGAUCUGUGGCAGGUCAAAUCUGGAACCAUCUUCGACAACUUCCUGAUCGCCGACGACGUCCAGGAAGCCGAGGAGUUUGGGGAGAAAACCUGGGGAGUGACUAAGGGACCAGAGAAGAAGAUGAGGGAGGAGCAGGAGGACUUGGAGAGGAAAGUGAGAGAGGAGGAGGAGAAGAGCAAGAAACAGGACACUGAAGACGCUGAGGAGGAAGGAGGAGAGGAGGAAGAGGAGGAGGCAGACGAAGAAGAAGAAGGGGAACAGGACGAGGAGACGGAGGAGGAAGACAAGGAGAUCAAAGAUGAGCUGUAGAGGAGACGACUGGUGGACUGCAGCUUGUUCUUUGCAGAUUAAGGAGAGAAAAUCAGCGACAGCCCUAAUGACACUGGCCUUUCAUACAGCAGCCUUUUAUUCAGGUGUGGGGGGGAGGGAGGCGUUGAACGCAGGGUCAGGUCAGAUCUUUUUUUUAUUUUUUUUUUAUUGAUUCCCUUGUUGCUUUUUUUUCCCCCAGCCUCCAAAUUCGAAAAGGGACAAAGGGGUUUACAUGUUUGUGUUUGUGUCUUCUUGGGUUCAGAGUUUUAUAAUUGAAUGUGAUUUACGGAGCGUGGUCAGUCGGACGCCGUGUGUAUGUGCAGUUACAGGGAGCCCUUUACUUUUAUUACUGCCUUUUGUUGGGAUGACCAGUAAAUUAAGGGUUCUGUGUCGUCUGGUUCUUGCACUUUUAUUUCUCCCGUGUGAUGCAGAACUGCUUUUUGUUUUGAGCCCCUCAUAAUUUAUUCAAUCUUCGGUUCCCUUAAAUCAGCUCACACUCUGGAUGUGUCCUUCCUGCAGCCGAGCGAGUGGUGAGUGUACGCAAUGAGACUGCUUCAGACAAACUGUGAUUUAGAGUUUCUCAUUGAUCUUGUGAAUGAUCGACGGUCCUGUGGGUGCAGUGAAGCUUCUCACCACAAGGAAACUUGUUUUUCACAGUCGCUCUGGACGUGUGAAUGUUUGUUUCAGUUUGUCAAAAAAUAAAAAUGUAAUCUGCACAAGGCAGAGCCCGGGAUGACA